AUGAAGCAAAAGAUCAAGAAACUUGAUGAGAAAGUUGACAAGGAUUCAAUAAAGAUUACUGAGAUUCGAAAGGAGUGUGAGGAGUCAACAAAUCUCAUACCCCAACUAGAGGAAGACAUUCCCAAAUUGCAAAAACUCUUUCUUGAUGAAGAGAAAUUCUUAGAGGAAAUUAAGGAGAACUCCAAAGGCGUGGGUCGUAUUGCUGCUAUUUUAUCCCUUGAGGUAGAAGAUCAGAAUGCUUCAUUGGAUGCCCUCCAGCGUGUUGGAUCAGAAUUGGCAAUGCAUGUUGUGGCAGCAAAGCCUUUAUUUAUGUCAAAGGACCUUGUUUCUUCAGAUGCAAUAGAGAAUGAACGUGAGAUUCUCAAGUCUCAGUCCAGAUGCAACUUUGAUUUUUCUGCUUCUGGGGUGUUACCAAUUGCUGGAAGGUUGUUAUUACAACAGGAUCAAUCCUUAUUGCCAACAUUAAGGAAGAAAUUUGUCUUGAAAGGAGGAACCAAGAUUGGCUUGGUAUUUGAUGAUGGUGGUUAA